AUGACCGAGAAAACUGAAGAGAAGAAGCAACAGCCAGUGGACGAGGCCCCCAUCGAGAAGCCCGUCGUUGCUCAACGGAUACGGUUUCAUCAGCCGCAAGGAUGUCAACGAGGACAUCUUCGUUCACCAAACGGCUAUCACCAAGAACAACCCCAACAAAUUCCUUCGCUCGUUGGGGACGAAGAGGAAGUGCUCUUUGAUGUUGUGACCGGAGCCAAAGGACCUGAAGCCUCAAAUGUGACCGGGCCAAACGGAGAUCCCGUGCAAGGCAGCAAGUACGCCGCUGACAAAUCCGCAGGAGGACCUCGAGGACAAGGAGGUUAUCGCCGUCGCUUCUACCGCCGUGGAGGUCCUCGUCGCUCAGGAGGAGAAGAAAUGGGAGGAGGUGAAGAAGAGGAGGAAGAUGGAGAGGCGCCACGCCGUCGAGGUGGCUUCCGGGGACGUGGACGUGGAUUCCGUCGAGGUGGCUAUAGAGGAGGUCGAGGUGGUCGCCGCAGUGAAAGCGAGGGUGGACCACAAGGAGAAGAGGGAGGCGAGAACGGAGGAGCCCCACGUGGACGUGGAGGUCGAGGCGGAGGCCGAGGACGUGGUGGACGUGGACGCGGACGUGGCAGCAACGGAGAAGGCGGUGAGAGCCAGGCC